UCAAAGAAAGGUCGGUUGUCUUCGCGGUGUUGUGUGGACCCUCCUGAUGGGGGAUUUUAUUGUCCCUGCAGCGCGGCUGCUGGAGCUCAAUAUUCACUUUAUGCUGUGGCCACUUUGGAAAGGUGAAAGCUGGAAAAAUCGGGAUCAUGAUCCAUAAUAUUUAAUAGGAGGAAAAGCGAUGGAGCUGCAGACCUCACCGUCAAAGCAGCGAAGAUACAAAGAAGCGAAACUAAAUCUGGAAAGGACGCCUCAGAAAGCGACCAAGGUAGAUAUCGGCUUUGCUUUCCCCAGGUGGACAGCUCUGAGGAGGGACAGGUGCUUCCAGAGUGACGCUGAACUGGCGUCUUUUCUGCUGGACAGCUAUGAGAGAGGUGCUGCCACACCAAGUUCCAUGAAUGGAAAACCAGCAGUGUCUGAAUUUGAUGCUUCUAGAGGGACAGAACGACGGCUGUACUCAAAAGAUUCAAGUGGAGUGUCUGAAAAAAAAAGCUUUCGACCUGAUGAACCCAGAGAUCAGAGUUUUGUGUCUCCCACACGAGCAGAAUCAGAAGAAUUAGUGCAGACACACGUCAGGAGAAGUCUGGUUUUCCCUGCAGAAGACCAGCAGGACCAGCAGGACCCAGUUCUCCUCCACAUAAAGGAGGAACAGGAGGAACUCUUGACCAGUCAGGAUGGAGAACAGCUUAAUGGUCUGGAGGAGACUGAUAACACCAGACUUCCAUUCUCUGCUGUUAUUGUGAAAAGUGAAGAUGAUGAAGAGAAACCUCAGUGCUCACAGCUUUAUCAAAGCCAAAUUGAAGAUGACAGAGAGGCAGAAUGUCAAAUCAGCUGUGCAACAAAAAUAAAAACAGAAACUGACGGAGAGGACUGUGGAGGAGCAGAACCAACCAGGAACCCAGCUUCAAAUAACCUCUCCCAGCAAAAUACUGAUGCAAAAACUUCUGUCUCUUGUGAAACUGAAGUCAGCAUUGGUGCUGAUGAUGAGGGCAGCGGUAACGACACGGAUGACUGGCAGGAACCCUUAACAGAAUCUGGAUCUGAAACUGAAGACAGUGACAGUGGCUGUAAGGAGAGCAGGGCUAGAGCCUUUGCCUGUUCUGAGUGUGGUAAACGGUUUCGGUACAAGUGGUCUCUUCAGAGACACAUGACAGGUCAUUCAGGAAAAAUGUCUUCCAGCAGUUUCGCUAAUAAGAAAUGUUUCACAGUGAGGCAAACUGCAGAUUUACAGAUCAAAGUCCACACAGGAGAGAAACCAUAUGGCUGCAGUCUUUGCGGACAAAGGUUUAGAGAUCAGUAUAAUCUUAAAAGACAUAUGAGAAUCCACACAGGAGAGAAACCCUUUGGUUGUGGUGUCUGUGGGAAAAGAUUUAAUGGCGAAGGAAAUCUGAAAAUACACAAAAGAGUCCACACAGGAGAGAAACCAUUUGGUUGUGGGGUUUGUGGGAAAAAAUUUAAGCAGAAGUCGCAUUUUAGUUGUGAUCCACGUCUGGAGCCCGAGGGUCCACCUCAGUCCGAGCAUCCUAAGCCAGAGCAGUUAGGUCACUUCCUCCAGCUCCUUGUCCUGUCUCGCUGCCGCCGUGGGGAUCGCAGUCGGCCUCCUGUCUCGUCGCUGCUGCUGCUGUGGGGAUCGCAGUCAGCCCCCGAUCUCCUUCGUCCCCUGAUCAGCCUCGCUCCCACGAGGCUCCCCAGCCCUUAG